AUGUCUCUAAGCCAUCGUCGUCCUGGUGUUAAUGUCAAUGGAGUCCCAAGGAUGAGAACUUAUCAUUACUUCUGGUGUCUCCGUUGCCAACGAACCAUAAGGUUCACCAGUUCAAACCCUUUUGAAACUUAUUGUCCCCAUUGUUUUCGUCAACUUAGUCACGAGCUGGAUGUCACAAGGCCUAGGCUUCGUGCUGAUCAUGGCGUCGAACCCUACGAGACGACUACCAGGUUGUUCGAUACGUUGGUCGCCGUUCCCGAUCCUUUGACGAGGCGGCAAAGCACUAACAGAAGAGUUCGUUGGGAUCAACCAGGCCCUGAAAAUAGACCUUUGGUCACUCUCGUCGAACGAACUGGUCAGCAGCCGAGUCCUGUUGAUGCACUUGAAGAUACAGGCAAUGAGUUAGAUGAUUUCGAAACCGACAGGCCAGGGCCUCCAUCGGCAGCUGCUUCGGCCAUCGAAGCGUUGCCUAUUGUGAAAAUCGUGGAAAACCAUCUGAUCAAUGCCACGCAUUGCCCCGUUUGCAAGGAUGAAUUUGUGGUCGAUGGCGAAGCAAAAGAGCUACCGUGCAACCAUUUGUAUCACUCUGAUUGUAUUGUAUCUUGGCUGAGCAUUCACAACACCUCCCCUGUUAGUCGCUACGAGAUCAAUGACGAUAAUGACACGGUUGACACUGCAGCCGCCAAUAACAACGAUGAUCGAACCGGUGAAAUGUUUUUCCGGUACGUCAGUUUUUUGGUCGACGAUCUUGUUAAUGGACUGACCCGGUUGGGAACUCGGUUCCUCUCUUCAGGGCCUCUUCAGGCAUUCUCUCACUGGACACACCGGUAUCUCGAUUUUCUUGGUAGCAGAACCAAUGCAAGUAAUCUCUCCCGCUAGGCUAGCUCCUGGUGGCCAUCUUGGCUCAUUUUAUAGCUUCCGUCUAGAAAUCUGUAACACCCU